CUCAGGCGCCCGCCCCGCCCCCCCCGCCGGCGCCUGUGCUGCACCGCCCCCUGGCGGCGGCGGGGCGGGACGUGGCUGCGGCAAGAUGGCGGGGCGGCCUAUGCAAGCGGCGAGAUGUCCCACGGACGAGCUGUCGCUGACCAACUGCGCCGUGGUGAACGAGAAGGACUUUCCCUCUGGGCAACACGUCGUUGUGAAGACUUCUCCCAACCACAAGUACAUUUUCACGCUGAGAACCCAUCCCUCGGUUGUUCCUGGCAGCAUCGCCUUCAGCUUGCCCCAGAGAAAAUGGGCUGGACUUUCCAUCGGGCAGGAGAUAGACGUUUCCUUAUACACCUUCGACAAGGCCAAGCAGUGCAUCGGCACCAUGACCAUUGAGAUUGAUUUUCUGCAGAAGAAGAGCAUCGACUCCAACCCCUAUGACACGGACAAGAUGGCAGCGGAGUUCAUCCAGCAGUUCAACAGCCAGGCCUUCUCCGUGGGCCAGCAGCUCGUGUUCAGCUUUAAUGACAAACUCUUUGGCCUGUUGGUGAAGGACAUGGAGGCCAUGGACCCCAGCAUUCUCAAAGGGGAGUCGGGAGCAAGCAAAAAGCAGAAGAUUGAGGUUGGUUUGGUUCUUGGAAACAGUCAAGUUGCCUUUGAAAAGGCGGAGAACUCCUCUCUCAAUCUGAUUGGUAAAUCAAAGACCAAGGAGAACCGCCAGUCCAUCAUCAACCCAGACUGGAAUUUUGAGAAGAUGGGCAUCGGGGGCCUCGACAAAGAAUUCUCCGAUAUCUUCCGACGAGCUUUUGCUUCUCGAGUUUUUCCGCCCGAAAUCGUGGAGCAAAUGGGCUGCAAGCACGUGAAAGGAAUCCUCCUGUACGGACCUCCGGGCUGCGGUAAAACCCUCAUGGCCAGACAGAUCGGCAAGAUGCUGAACGCCAGGGAACCCAAGGUCGUCAACGGGCCCGAAAUCCUCAACAAAUACGUGGGCGAGUCCGAGGCCAACAUCCGCAAGCUGUUUGCUGAUGCAGAAGAAGAGCAAAGACGGCUCGGGGCGAAUAGCGGCGUGCACAUCAUCAUCUUCGACGAGAUCGACGCCAUCUGCAAGCAGCGAGGGAGCAUGGCGGGCAGCACCGGCGUCCACGACACCGUCGUCAACCAGUUGCUGUCGAAAAUCGAUGGCGUAGAGCAGCUCAAUAACAUCCUCGUGAUCGGGAUGACCAACAGACCUGACCUGAUUGACGAGGCUUUGCUGAGACCAGGAAGACUGGAGGUGAAAAUGGAGAUUGGCUUGCCAGACGAGAAGGGCCGAUUUCAGAUCCUCCACAUCCACACGGUGCGGAUGCGGGAGCACCAGCUGCUGGCUGAGGACGUGGACAUCGCUGAGCUGGCCGUCGAGACCAAAAACUUCAGUGGUGCCGAGUUAGAAGGUUUAGUUCGAGCCGCUCAGUCGACUGCUAUGAACAGGCACAUCAAGGCCAGCAACAAAGUGGAAGUGGAUAUGGAGAAGGCAGAGAGCUUGCGUGUGACGAGAGGAGACUUCUUUGCGUCUUUGGAGAACGACAUCAAACCGGCAUUUGGAACCAACCAGGAAGACUACGCGAGCUACAUCAUGAAUGGAAUUAUUAAGUGGGGCGAUCCAGUAACGAGGGUGUUGGAUGACGGGGAGCUGCUUGUUCAGCAAACCAAGAACAGUGACCGCACUCCUUUGGUCAGCGUCCUUCUGGAAGGUCCCCCCCACAGUGGGAAAACUGCUCUAGCAGCAAAGAUAGCAGAAGAAUCCAACUUUCCCUUUAUCAAGAUCUGCUCUCCUGAUAAGAUGAUUGGAUUUUCUGAAACGGCCAAGUGCCAGGCCAUGAAGAAGAUCUUUGAUGACGCCUACAAGUCCCAGCUCAGCUGUGUCGUCGUGGACGACAUUGAGAGACUUCUUGAUUACGUCCCGAUCGGACCACGGUUCUCUAAUCUGGUGUUGCAAGCGCUUCUCGUGCUGCUGAAGAAGGCCCCCCCGCAGGGCCGCAAGCUCCUCAUCAUCGGGACCACCAGCCGCAAAGACGUCCUGCAGGAGAUGGAAAUGCUGAACGCCUUCAGCACCACGAUCCACGUGCCCAACAUCGCGACAGGGGAGCAGCUCAUGGAGGCUCUGGAGCUCCUGGGUAACUUCAAAGACAAGGAGCGCAGCACGAUCGCACAGAAUGUCAAAGGGAAGCCCGUCUGGAUUGGCAUCAAGAAGCUGCUGAUGCUGAUAGAAAUGUCAUUACAGAUGGAUCCUGAGUAUCGGGUGAAAAAAUUCCUGGCUCUUCUGAGGGAAGAAGGAACAGUUCCUACCCUAGACUGAAGGUGGACCAAGCGCAGGAUCAACAGCUGGAAAAGUGACCAACCUGGAGAAUAUCCACUGGGAUCUUCACCCUUCUGUCUUCAACACACUGGACAAAGUGAAACACUCCCCUGGUUCCAGGAGCCCAACGUGGAAUCUGCAUGUUUAGUGCAAUACAGUAUCUUUAUUCUUCGUCUUUAAUAUACUGAUGUCAUGUGGAAGUGUCUUCUAGAACACCGUGCUUCUGUCUCUGUGCAGGCCAGGCCGCGUUCGCUUUUGAUUUUCGCAUGGGGGAAAUGUCCUGUAAGUUUUGAAGCUCACGCUCACUUGUGUCCAGCACCCAGCUGCUACGAUAGGAGAAACAACCCUGAUUUCUAAUAAAACCUGACAGUCUGUGGUGAAGGUGUGUUAAAGUCCUGCUCUCUUAUCCUGACGUGAUGAACACUUCCUUGCUGUGCCAUCCUCGGCCUCCCUGAACGCUGAGCCGGGCCGAUAGCCUAAAACCAGCGCCCACGAUAACUGAGCUCCAGAACCUCCUGGAUGCUCACACCUGUGCUCAUGUUUCCCCAGGUGUUUCGUGGCCCCAUGAGAGCGACCGGCUGGUGGCGCUAGGGACGGGAAGGGUGUUGAUCAGAAACUUCCAAAUCCAGUAUUUAAGGCAUCAAAGCUUGUUGUUAAAUCAGCAGCAGCUCCAGAGAUGCUGGUUGCAGCCUGGAAGCUCUUUGUGAGCAGCUUUGGUGUGAACCAGCCUCGUUAUAUCCCAUUUUUCUGCCUUGUCACCAAAGGUUGAAAUUCCUCCUUAGAGACAGAGAGGAAAGCGAGCUCUGCCGAUGCACGAGGUGCGCAUUGCCAUGUUUUUGCACAGAAAUAAAGGAAUGUAUCCAACUUUGCUACGUGGUCCCUCCCCAGGAGACGUCUCACGUCGGUGAGAUGCUGCUGACGGCUGCAUGAGGCUGCUCCCCGCUGGCUCUUUGGCUCCACACGUUUAAUAAGGUUCGUGGAACAUACCUCAGUUUGGUGGGGCGUGAAAUCAAAGCCAUUUAUGAGCUGUUAGUCAGUGUAGCUUCCUAAACCAGACCCGACACGCUGGCCGGGGCAGCAGCUCGUGCCGGCGCGGUGCUCCCGCGGCUGCGGCCGCUCCGGCCCGCGGUGACGGCGCCGUCCUCAGCGCGCACGGAGCGUUCGGUCACUGCGCUCUGGUUUCUUUUCCUUUGGCAGUGCUGUUGUGUUGUGAUGACGUUGCGAGUCCCAGUGGUUAUUAUUCCCUCUCAUUUUGUGUACGAUCUUGUGGAUUUCUUUGUUCCUUUCUCUCCUCUGCCAGUCCUAGUGACAGCAGCAGACAUUAACUUAUAUUUCAGAGCGAAUGAUGUAAACCUUAUUGUGUCUUUGUCCAGAACUAUAUUGAUGAAUAAAUAUCUGGUUUAAUUGCACAUUCAAUGGAUACAAUAAAAAGCACAACUACCUGUGAUGA